CAAUGUGAAAGUCGACUACAAGGCCUACUUUAUUAUCCGAAGAAGCAAAAUACUGAUGUCGCUGCGCAGUCGCUCUACAAAUCAUCCGUCACAUUCGGCUGCCAGGAGGAUUUCGGUGACAGCGAUGCUAAAGGAACGUUUUAAAUAGUUUGUUUUUAACAUGCAUAUUUUAUUUCCCUGAGAGGAAAUGGGACACCUGAAAGGGCUGAUGUAUGUUAAUUGUGUGGAAUUUAAACAGUUAUUCGGCAUGCUACUGUCUUUAUUGUAAUGACAGAGCAUACAAGACGGAGCAGCAAAGAUACACUGAACUAGUUCCUUUUCUCGAAUCGAAGAAUAAUGAAUAACGCGAAAGAUAUGUCUCCCGAUUUUGUAUUGAUGCGCUUGGUUUCUGGAGCUGAAGAUGACCGCUUGGACGAGGAGAAUGGGAAUUUGUCGUCGAGCGGUGGAGUGAUGGCUGGUUUCGGGAAAGCGGUCCUGGGUCAUCGAGGCAACAACAUCAAGAAUGGAUUUGAAUUGGAUCUAAAUAACACAACAGGCCCAGUGCGCCCGAGUCCCUCCUCGCUGUAUAGUUCACAGCGAGACAGCGGAACCCUAGCACCUGACAGUGGCGUGAUGGUGACUCGACCCCCGAUGCCUGAUCCUCCGCCUCCAGUGGCCCAAAGCUUCCAGCACAGAGCGGGUAGGGGCGCACGGCCGCAGCUGAUGGUCUUUCGGAACCUUCUCGGCGAUGGGGACGGGAUUUUAGAAUGUGGACCGGAGCAACCUGCGGUAGUACAGAGCAACGAAACCGACGGACAAGAUUCUAGCCCUGCCUCGGUUACGACAAGCGGUAUCAAUAACAGCAUAAAUUGUGGUGUUGAUGUGCAACAGCAGAACCAUCUUUCGCAGCGGCCACCGUGGAAUUUUCAUCCUCGGGUGAAAUCGGACGUAAUAGCGGACGGCAGUGAAGUGGACGGCGGCGGAGAUGGAGGACUCUGCCCCCGGCAUCGCGUCACGGACCCCAACGACUGGCCCCCGUUACUGAGUUUCGGCAUUCUAAACCCGCGGUGGGCCUGCACGGCGGGGGAGAUAAAUUCCCACAUUGAUGAUCCCGUCUUUGACUUGGCGAGAAAAUUCGGAGAUCUUGGGGUUGACCAGGCCUCCAAAAUACUGUUCAAGGACGGGGAGCUGCCGCAAUGCCCGUGUCAGACAAUACUGGCGUCGGCAGCGGCGGGGAUAGCUCACGGAGACGACCCGGCCGAGACCAGCGACGCUUUACUCGUGUUGGAGGGACUGGGUACCGAGGAGGUAGACGGUCUGGGCAUUAACAAUUGCUCGGCAGAGGAACUUAAUGACGCAUCUUGUCCGGCUUUCGCGUUGAACGGAAAAGAGGACAUGGUGCAGAAAAUGACAGAAGCCUUCUCCAGCAGAACUCUCACGGGGCUGGUGAAACAGGCGCAGAGACUGGCCAGCGAUGGCUGCUCGCCCGCAUACCGUGACCCGCAGGUGUGUUGCUCACGCACUGAAAUGCUCGGCCCGAGACCCCAACUCCAACCGGGAGCAAACCACACCGAACUGCUCUCCGGAUUAUCUACUCCGGUCGGCGCCUCCCCGUGCGGAUCAGCCCAGGAUCUCCAAACCACUGCCCAGAGUAGGACCGCGACCCCGAAGCUACUGGCGGACAGAGCGUCCAUGAGUCUGUCCAGCCGUAGCAUCCAAGAAGAGGGUGAGAAGGCCACAAGAGUAUCCAGAAAGUCUCGGAAAGGCUCUUUUAAAAUUCGCUUGGGUAAACUCUUCAGAACUAAAAACACCAGCGUCUCAAUGAACGUUCUUGACAAGAGACCAUCCCUGGCAUCGUCCACGUCCUCCACAGGUAGUCUGAUGGACGUGUGGAGUUCGACUGCCGGGGACCAGGAUGCGGGCAGCUCUUCCCAGCCCAGCAGGACCCACAGUGCCUUCUCCCCCGGCCCGUUCAGCCCCGUCUUCACUGGUGAGACUGUGUCCCUGGUGGACGUGGACAUUUCUCGCAGAGGGGUGAACUCUCCGCACCCCCCCACGCCUCCACCCCCUCCCCGACGGAGCCUCAGCCUGCUAGAUGACAUUGGGGGGCCGCAGCCGGGGUCUUUCCUAGUGCGGGUGGUGGGGGCUUCACUGCAGUCUCUGCCCCUGCCCUCCCUCCCCUCCCAUUCCACCAUCCAGCACAGCCUCAGCCUCAAUGAUACCUUCCUCCGGGCCCUCCCCCGCCCCAAUCCGUCACAGGCGGAUGCUCCGCCCCCCUCCCAGUCAGGCCCGCCCCCUCUCCUCUGUCCUCUCACCUGCCCCGAUGCCAGCAGCUUUGCCACCAGCCUGAGAGAGCUGGAGAAGUGCGGCUGGUACUGGGGUCCUAUGAACUGGGAGGAUGCUGAGAUGAAGCUGAAGGGGAAGCCAGACGGGUCCUUCCUGGUGCGGGACAGCUCCGACCCGCGGUACAUCCUGAGCCUCAGCUUCAGAUCCCAAAACAUCACGCACCACACCCGCAUGGAGCACUACCGAGGUACCUUCAGCCUAUGGUGUCACCCGCGCUUUGAAGACCGCUGCCACUCGGUGGUGGAGUUUAUAGAGCGUGCCAUCAUGCACUCCAAGAACGGCAAAUUCCUCUAUUUCCUGCGUUCCCGUGUGCCCGGCCUGCCUCCCACGCCGGUGCAGCUCCUGUAUCCCGUGUCCCGCUUCAGCAACAUCAAAUCCCUGCAGCACCUGUGCCGCUUCCGCAUCCGGCAGCUGGUCCGGAUCGACCACAUCCAGGAGCUCCCCCUGCCCAAAUCUCUGAUCGACUACCUAAGGAAAUUCUACUACUAUGACCCUGAGGAGGAGAUGUACCUGUCAAUCAAGGAGGCCCGCAGAGGCAUGGGGGUGGAGCCAGUGGUGGAGUCUCAAACGUAGCUGUUGGAAUUCUGCUGGCUCAAGGUUUCUCUCAGCAGCCUUGGACACUGAUGGUGGGCAGUCUCACUCCACAUGUGGGCUUGUCACCCACAGCAGCCAAUCAACAAUCACGGCUGACUCUAUCAAAAUUGUGUUGGUAACAGGGACCGUGAUGGUCCACCAUCCUCCCUUUUGGACCAAUGGGGAAGGGAAGGGGGUGGAGUUUGGCAUGUUGCUAGAACAGAAAUCAGAAAAAAAAAAAAACUGUGAGCGCGAUCCGACCUUGCGCUGGGGGCUACAAAACAUUUGAUGGCUAGGACCCUGUUCUCACAACGUUGCUGAAACCCCCCCCGCAGAACUUCUGAACAUCGCAGCAGCUUUUUGGAAAGCUGCGCGUUAACGAAAACUUGAAACUGAAGCCGCUCCACAGCCGGAGACCAGGCGGACAUGUGACACGCUGGAGGCCGACGUCGUGACCAACCGGAAAAACGCAAAUGUGAAUAGCUGGAGAAUAGCUCUCUCCCAGCACCUGCUGAAAUGGGCGUCCUCUUCGGAUUGACUGCUUCCUGGAGCAGAGUCCGAUUCUGGACCAGAGGCUUUAUUUAUUUGUCUGUUUAGUUUGAUAGAAUGUAAGUCCCUCUUCCUCUCUCCUCUCCCAAUAAACCUGGCCACAUCUGGUUCAUUUUGAAGGGCCGAGAAAAAAAAAAGAAAAAAAAACAAACAAAAAAAAAAACUAGGUGUUUUUGUGUUUCUUCUCCGCCGGUCGGCACCUGAUGGAUCGUUACCCCCUGAAACUUUCGUAAAAGACUGGAUGGCCAAAAUGACAAAGAGAAGUGUGUAUGUGUGUAUAGGUAUGUGUGCGUAUUGGGGAGAAGAUGGCUAAAGGCUGCCAUGAGACGCCAAGAUGGCUGCUGCUUCAGACCUGAAAGUGCGAUUCCUUGUGAAAACUCCGUUGUUCGUUGAGGAGGAAUGCGUAAAAGGAUGGUCUCGUGCCGAAAAAGGAAAAUAGUGCUACUUCUACUGGAAUAUUUACAAAUGUUAUUGUUUUACCCAUAACUGUAAUGGCCCGUCCCACCCCCACCCCAUGCAAGAUCCAUGUCUGCAUUAAAUACUGUCAAUCAGAUAACAACAAGGGUUUUUUUUUUUGGUUUGUUUGGUUUUUUUACAACAAAAAAAAUAAGUGAAGGCAUGUACGAUUUUGUGGAAUUGCUUUUAAGAGUCAACGGUUCCUUUCAGGUCAUGGUGCAUCAUAUCUCAUAAUAAACCUUAAACAAAAAUA